AUGUCACUUUUGAUAAAUGGCUCGCCUUCUAAAUCUUUUAAGAUGGAACGGGGCUUACGACAAGGGGAUCCUCUUUCUCUGUUUCUUUUUGUUCUUGUUGUUGAGGUCCUUCAUAGGAUGAUAGAAGAGGCAGUAAGACAUGGAAGGAUCUCUCCUUUGUUAGUUGGAAAAGACAAUAUUGAGUUGUCUCACUUGCAAUUUGCGGAUGACAUAAUACUUUUUUGCCCCCCGGAGGAGGAGACUAUUUGCAAUUAUAAAUGGCUUUUACAGUGUUUUGAGAUGAUGUCUGGCUUGAGUAUUAACUUUGAUAAAUCUAGCUUGAUUCCGUUUAAUUGCGAGCGAGAGUGGUCACAAAGGAUGUGUAUCUUGUUGGGGUGUAAGAAAGCAACAUUGCCAGUCAAAUAUCUUGGUAUUUCUUUGGGAGCGAAUCCGAAAUUGGUCAAGACAUGGAAACCUAUUAUAGACAAAGUAGAAGAGAAACUUAAUCUGUGA